GGCCCUUGGGGACAGGUUUUUGUGUCGUUUGGGGUUUCCCGGCCACUGUACUAGCAUCUCCAUUUUGUGGUCCAGGUGCAUUGACUCAUCGCCGGUACCAAGUCUUUUUUUUUCUUCUCGACUUCCCCGUCUUCCUGCUUCCUUUGUUGAACGUCAGGUCAUUCAUUUAUCCUUCCUCUAGUCCUCCCCUGGAUCCUGGGCGUGCGGCACUCAGCGGGAAGUAGGGACAGAAAAAAAAGCCAUCAAGGUUUUUAAAACAGACCAAAAACUACCGGGCUGGAAGUCAUCACUACCUCACCUGGGUACACCUCCAAAAAGAGUCAUAGACUCGGUCAAUUGACUCAAUAAACUUAAUUCUUCCUCUCCUCUACUCUUUUCCCUCCGCGCAGUACACAAUGGUUCUCGCAGCUCGUUGUGGACAGGCGGCGUCCUCCCUCCUCCGCCAGCGCGGUUUGGCACAAACCCGCCCUGCCACAGUUGCGCUCCGCUCGUUCUCCUCACAGACUACGGCCCGUUCGACGGCAUCGGCUUUGCGAUUGCAACAGAAGCUUCCUUCGACAUGGCGAUCGCAGCAGCUGCGUUCGUUCUCCAGUGCCAUCAGCCGAUUGGCCUCGGAGACCUCGAACACUCCCUCCGCUGAGUCGUAUCUCGGCAGUGGUGUCGUGAAGCCUAGCGAGUUGGUCGAUGUGAAGAAGGUUCUUGUCAUCGGUUCUGGUGGUUUGAGCAUUGGACAGGCUGGAGAGUUUGACUAUUCCGGUUCCCAAGCUCUUAAGGCUCUCAAGGAAGCUGGUGUGCAGUCCGUCUUGAUCAACCCCAACAUUGCGACCAUCCAGACAGACCACAAGCUUGCCGACGAAGUGUACUACCUCCCAGUCACACCCGAGUAUGUGACUCACGUCAUCGAGAGAGAACGCCCUGACGGUAUCUUGCUCACCUUCGGUGGUCAGACUGGUCUGAACCUGGGUGUGCAGAUGAACCGCAUGGGUCUCUUUGACCGAUACGGCGUCAAGGUUCUGGGAACCAGCAUCAAGACCCUCGAGACCAGUGAGGACCGUGAUCUCUUCGCCAAGGCUCUGAACGAGAUUGACAUCCCUAUCGCCGAAUCCAUUGCCGUCGGUACUGUUGACGAGGCAUUGAAGGCCGCUGAGUCCGUUGGUUACCCCAUUAUCGUCCGUUCCGCUUACGCCCUGGGUGGUCUGGGAUCUGGAUUUGCCAACAACCCCGAUGAGCUGCGUGACCUUUCGUCCCGUUCUUUGACCCUGUCUCCCCAGAUUCUGGUCGAGAAGUCUCUCAAGGGCUGGAAGGAAGUUGAAUACGAAGUUGUCCGUGACGCUGCUAACAACUGUAUCACUGUCUGCAACAUGGAGAACUUCGAUCCUCUCGGUAUCCACACUGGUGACAGUAUUGUUGUUGCCCCCAGUCAGACUCUGUCUGAUGAGGAGUACCACAUGCUCCGUACUGCUGCCAUCAAGAUUGUCCGUCACUUGGGCGUUGUGGGUGAAUGUAACGUCCAGUACGCUUUGCAGCCUGAUGGACUUGACUACCGUGUCAUUGAGGUCAACGCUCGUCUCUCUCGUUCCUCUGCUCUGGCCUCGAAGGCUACUGGAUACCCCUUGGCCUACACUGCCGCUAAGAUUGGUCUCGGCCACACCCUGCCUGAGCUCCCCAACGCCGUUACCAAGACCACCACUGCCAACUUCGAGCCCAGUUUGGACUACAUUGUUACCAAGAUUCCCCGAUGGGAUUUGAGCAAGUUCCAGCACGUUAACCGUGACAUCGGAAGUGCCAUGAAGUCGGUUGGUGAGGUCAUGGCCAUUGGCCGUACCUUCGAGGAGUCUUUCCAGAAGGCUAUCCGCCAGGUUGACCCCAAGUACAUUGGUUUCCAGGGUGACAAGUUCGAGAACCUCGACGAGGUUCUCAAGAACCCCACUGACAGACGUUGGUUGGCUGUCGGUCAGGCCAUGCUCCACGAGAACUACUCCGUGGACAAGGUCCAUGACUUGACCAAGAUUGACAAGUGGUUCCUCUACAAGCUCCAGAACAUCGUUGACUGCCAGAAUGAGAUGAAGGAGAUUGGCAGCCUCUUCGGUAUCCAGGAGGAGAUGAUGCUUAGAGCCAAGAAGCUCGGAUUCUCUGACAAGCAGAUCGCUCUGCUUACUGGUUCGACCGAGGACGAUGUCCGCGCUCGCAGAAAGAGCUUCGGUAUCAGACCUUGGGUUAAGAAGAUUGACACCCUGGCUGCCGAGUUCCCUGCCGACACCAACUACCUCUACACCACCUACAACGCUACCUCCCACGAUGUCACCUUUGAUGACCACGGAACCCUUAUCUUGGGAAGCGGUGUUUACCGUAUUGGAAGCUCCGUCGAGUUCGACUGGUGUGCCGUCAACGCUACCCUCUCUUUGAGAAACAUGGGCAAGAAGACUGUCAUGAUCAACUACAACCCUGAGACCUACUCUACUGACUUCGACACUGCUGACAAGCUCUACUUCGAAGAACUGAGCUACGAGCGUGUCAUGGACAUUUACGAGCUCGAGAGCGCCAGCGGUGUUGUUGUUUCUGUCGGUGGCCAGCUUCCCCAGAACAUUGCUCUCCGCCUUCAGGAGACUGGUGGUGCCCAGAUCUUGGGUACUGACCCCCAGGACAUCGACAAGGCUGAGGACAGACACAAGUUCUCUCAGAUUCUGGACAGCAUUGGUGUUGACCAGCCCGCCUGGAAGGAACUCACCUCGGUUCCCGAGGCUGAGCGCUUCGCUGAGGCUGUCGGAUACCCUGUCUUGGUCCGUCCCAGUUACGUCCUGUCUGGUGCUGCCAUGAACGUCAUCUACAGCGCCGACGAGCUCAAGGAGAAGCUCCUGAACGCCAGUGCUGUCUCCCCUGACCACCCUGUCGUCAUCACCAAGUUCAUCGAGGGUGCUGAGGAGAUUGACGUUGACGCCGUUGCCUCCAACGGCAAGCUUCUCGUGCACGCCGUCAGUGAGCACGUUGAGCCCGCUGGUGUCCACUCUGGUGACGCCACCCUGGUUCUCCCUCCUGCCAACCUCGAGCAGUCCAUCAUGGACCGUGUUAAGGAGAUUGCCGAGAAGGUCGCCAAGGCUUGGAACAUCACUGGUCCCUUCAACAUGCAGAUCAUCAAGGCCGACAUCGAGGGUGCCGAGUCCCAGCUGAAGGUCAUUGAGUGCAACCUCCGUGCCUCUCGUUCCUUCCCCUUCGUUAGCAAGGUUUUGGGAACCAACUUCAUUGACGUUGCUACCAAGGCUCUUGUUGGACGUGACGUUCCUGAGCCCGUUGACCUCAUGAGCGAAAAGCGUGACUACCUUGCUACCAAGGUUCCUCAGUUCAGUUGGACCCGUCUUGCUGGUGCCGACCCCUUCCUUGGUGUCGAGAUGUCCAGUACUGGUGAGAUUGCUUGCUUCGGUAAGGAUCUGGUUGAGGCCUACUGGUCUUCCCUCCAGUCCACCAUGAACUUCCGCGUGCCCGAGCCUGGUGAAGGUCUGCUGUUCGGUGGUGACAUCAACGACCCUACCCUGUCCAAGAUUGUCGACUACCUUUCUCCUCUUGGCUACAAGCUCUUCGCUGCUAGCCCCGAGGUCAAGGCUCACCUCGAGUCCGCUGCCAAGGGCAACGUUUCUGUCGAGGUGAUUGAAUUCCCCAAGACCGACAAGAGAAAGCUCCGUGAGGUGUUUGAGAAGUACGACAUCCGCGGUUGCUUCAACCUUGCCAAGAGCAGGGGCAAGACUCUGCUCGACGAGGACUACGUUAUGAGACGCAACGCUGUCGACUUUGGUGUGCCUUUGUUCAUGGAGCCUAAGACCGCUCAACUCUUCGCUCAGUCCAUGAGCGAGAAGCUGCCCCGUGGUGACGGCAUUCCCUCUGAGGUUCGCAGCUGGUCUAACUUCGUCGGCGGCAAGCUGCUGUAAACCCGACAUCCAAACAAACACACAAAAAGCAAACCUUCCGUAUAAAUCUAAUUUCCCGAUCUUAGCUUUUCAUUUUUUUUUUUUUUUUACCCCAGGCAAACAAAAGCUGCCUUGUUUGGCGUAGCGGAUAAGGCUUCGUGUUGAUAGACUAUUUGUUUUUGGUCCCGGCAUUCGAGCUUCCCUGCUUCGGCCGGAAAAGGCGAAGCAAUAUCAAAAAUAGGGUCACGCACCCAGGAGAUCUAUCUGUCUUCAUUUAUUUAUUGUUUUGGUUUUGGCUCCUCUAGUAGGCUGGUUGGCUAUGUGCUUGAGCGAGAAGAAUAUUGAAGCCGG